AGGGUGGAAUAAAGUUGGACGGCAGACACAGGGAAGUUGGUUUGUUGUGGGGGCGGAAUACAGCGAUAACACGUUAAUAUAAUUUCAAGCAAUGAAAUACCGAUAGAUAGAUAGAUAGAUAGAUAUAGAGAUAUAGAUGCUCCCCCAAUGUGUGUAUGGCGUUGUUUGUGUUAGAAGCGUCUUUUGGAAUGCAUCCAGACUCCAGCAUAGCACCAUAUACCGGGCGAGGGAAGGCGAGAGAUUGAUUACAUCGAAGGAGGAGGAGGAGGAAGAGGAGGAGGAGGAGGAGCUCCACAGCAAACCCCCCUCCGAGCGGCUCACCUUAUACAGAGCAAGCAUGGCAGGCGACAGCGAGCAGCGGCUGGAAGACCAUGCCGAAAAUGACCACGCAAACAGGCAGCCGUUCCUCAUCGGAGUCGCCGGAGGCACUGCUAGUGGCAAGUCGUCGGUGUGCGGGAAGAUCAUGGAGCUGCUGGGUCAGAAUGAGAUUGACCACCACCAGAGACAGGUGGCCAUCCUGAGCCAGGACAGCUUCUACAGGGUGCUGACCGCAGAGCAGAAGGCCAAGGCUCUCAAGGGCCAGUUCAACUUUGACCACCCAGAUGCUUUUGACAACGAGUUGAUUCUGAAGACCCUCCGGGAAAUCGUGGAGGGGAAAACAGUUCAGAUCCCAGUAUAUGACUUCGUCACCCAUUCCAGGAAGGAGGAGACGGUGACGGUGUACCCGGCUGACGUGGUUCUGUUCGAGGGGAUCCUUAUGUUUUACUCCCAGGAGAUCCGGGACCUGUUUCAGAUGAAGCUCUUUGUGGACACGGACGCAGACACCCGGCUCUCCAGGAGAGUGCUCCGGGACAUUAGCGAGCGAGCCAGAGAUCUGGAGCAGGUCCUCACGCAGUACAUCACCUUCGUCAAGCCUGCCUUCGAGGAGUUCUGUCUGCCAACAAAGAAGUACGCUGACGUCAUCAUCCCACGAGGAGCUGAUAACCUUGUUGCCAUAAACUUGAUUGUGCAGCACAUCCAGGACAUUUUGAACGGGGGGCUGACGAAACGACAGAACGGCUGUUUAAAUGGCUACAGCACCCCACGCAAGAGACAGCCAUCGGAGUCUAGCAGCCGGCCACACUGACCCCCUUCCUGGCACGAGAGAGAACAAGGGAAGUGUUUCGUUGUAUGUACUGCCAGUCAACCGCACUGUAUUUAAUGAGAAAACAAAGCCGACACACAUCAAUGCCUUUCUUUUGUACUAUAAACUUUAAUGCUUGAAAAGUCCUAAUAGUGGGACAGCUGCAGGUGAGUGGGUAAAGUUCCUUCUCCUGUUUUUUGGUUGGGUUACUGUAAACAAAUUAAACAAAGUGGUGGCGUUUAAUAGAAAUCGGCUGUUAAGUAUUUGAGUACGGUAAAUAGUGUUUGCAUUGGGGGGGGGGGGGGGGUGGUCUUUAAGGCAGUGCCGUUUCCAUGAAUGCAAAACAUUUGGACUAAAGGCGGUGCUAAAAUCCCUGCUUUGCAUUUCAGACGACUGGGCUGGUUGUGUAUUAUCUAAAAGAAAAAAAGGUUCCACUAUGAACACUAAUGCAGCUGGGAAUUCUUUCUUGCAGGGCUGUGCUUGCCUAUCGUUUUUGCUUUUUUAUUUUUUGAUCUAUCAUUUUUUAUAAUUAUUGAUCAUGGCCGAUUUGCAUAGAAUGAAUUGGUUCUUGGUUACAGUGAUCUAACAGGAGAAGAGAGACUUGUUUAAAAACCUGCAUUUAAAAUAACUAAUAUAUUUUACUUUCUACUGGACCUGCUUGGUCAAUGCUAUACAAAACACCUCGCUUCCUCUGUGUGGUCGUCUUUAUUCCUGAGGCUGUUUGUUUGAGCCACAUGAAACAAACCACAGACCCUGCUGAAAGUUCUGCUUGCUGAUUUUAGCCUUUUACAGUAGAAUUCAGCGCUCCUGCACAAUCUUCUGGACUUUUCACUCCACCUCUGCCUCCCCAUGCAAGUGAAACCCAGGAGGCCUGUUUCUGUGGGGACCCCCACUUCCCAAAGACCCUGACUCAAUCUGGAGCUGCUAGGUCCUGGCAGGCUUCUGUCAGACACCCCGAUGCUUGAUCUGCUGCUAUAAAACCAGUUACAGUGCGGAAACGGACUGCUUCUCUACACAGUUUAAUAAAAUGUAUUUCUAUGCUGUGUUAAAGUGAGAUGGUGAUUGUGUGGAAUUCUUUGCCAUUGUAUUCUUGUCCAGAGGUUGGCAUAAACCCUUCUACAGAACCCCUCCUAAUCCUGGUCCUGUCCCACGUUCCGUGUGUUCGUUUGGAGCGCACACACCCUCCUGCAUUGGUGGAACACCUUGUUAGUUAUAUAGUUUCCUAAAGGAACCUUUUGCUUUUAAAAUGUUAAACUCACAAGGAGUGAUUUCCAGUCAUUUAAUGUUGCUGUAACAUGGGAUGGGCCAAUCCCAAGGUAGUCUGAGAUCUGUACUGUUGAACACUGGGACAUAUCAACCUACCACACAGUUCAUGGUGCAUUUCUAAGAUUCAUGCUGAUCAAGUUGUGUAAAAGCAGGCAUGUUUCCAAAACAAUGUGAGGGCCCCUCAGCUGAACUGAUCUUUGGGGGUCCCUCCCGGCUCCAGCUGCUGUGAGACCACUGACCGCUGAGCUUUCUGUGUCCUGGAGUAUGAAUAUACUGUGUAAUACCAUGCCCUGUACGCCCACCUACACAGAGAGCCUACAGUCCCUGCAUCUGAGAACGGCAGGAAUGUUUGAGGAGCACCUGGAUGAAUCCCUAUUGAGCGAGCUCCACACUGCAAAGGCGUUAGUUUACUAGUAUUGCAGGGAAAGAUGCAGGCGCUGUUUUGUUUGGUACAGUCUUGGAUACAGGCUUUUUUUUUUGUAAUCAUUUAAGAUUCAUGGGCAGUGUUACUGAGAGCAGAGAGGUACACCUGGCUUCUUGUAAGAUGAACAAAAGUGAAUCUAAUAAAGACUGUCCUUGAUUUUCAUGUAGAUGCAGCAGUGGAUGACUAAUUUAUUUAUUUAUUUUUUUAAUUCCUGUCUUUUUUCCAAUAGUUGCCAAACAAUUCCGAAUCCAAGGUUGCAAUGCAUAUCAAGGUGUGUGCUUGUAUAUGAAAUACACUAACAUUACACAGUAUAUAUUGCCAAUAUAGAUUUGUGUGUAUAAAUGGUCUUUGCUACAACUGUACUGCUGUACUAUUUUUAAAAAAUCCUGCUUUAAAACCUUGUAGUUAACUUUAACACUUCUAUUUUAAUAGGCAGCGGUCCACUGUCCCGAACCAACUGUAAGACAAAUGCAGUAUUUGUGCAUAUAUAUAUAUAUAUAUAUAUAUAUACAUAUACAUACACUGAGCCACACGUGCCUGUGUGCACCUUUUUAUAUGGACUCCUGUAAAUGUGUGUACAUAUGCAUAUACAUUAAUGACAAGUGUGGGUAUAUUUGUAUAUGUAAGUGUAUUGAUGCUCCAUGGAAAAGUGGCUUCUUUACAGCGUGUAGUGGGACUGGUGUCCAGUUCCCAGCCCAGCAGCAGCUGCUUCUGAUCUGCACGAACGCAGACUGCCUCAUUACCAUCCUGCAGCCUCCCCUGUAUCCAAUGCUGCGUUACCCUGGGUGUGCUUGUUCAACGUCUUCUGGUUAGCCUCUUAAAGGAGUCCGUUGUGUCCACUGCUGCCCUUUCUGAGGAAUCUUUUUUAUGCAACUUCACCCCUGUAUGUGUGGCAUUAGACCCAUCGGGAUUAGAUUUAGAUGCUGUAGCUGUCCCUGUGUGGAACGGGCAAAUGCCUUGACCCGCUGUGGUGGCACCCCCUGCAAAUUGUGUCCUUCGAGCUGGGAAGUGCAUUUUGAAGUAAUAAGUGGGAUAUCGGAUGGUGACUGGUAGAGAGCUGCAGUGUGUUCAGAGGGAGCUGCUGGGGACAGUCCUCGGAAGAGCUUGGUAGCAGAGCGCUCUCUGCAGCAAUGUGUUUCUGUACCCACUCUACCGCAGGCUUGCUCAAGUAUUGCCUUGUAUUACCUUGAUCCAUGUAGUUAUGCAGGCAUGCAAAGUGCUGGUCUAUGCCUUGUCUUCAUGCUAUCUGCCUCAUUUAACCCCUUACCCUUGUAUUAUAGUGUAAAUGAUCAUAGAUGUUUAAGAAUGGCACAUGCAGGGAGCAAAACUGUACCAUGUUGUGUAAUUAUAAAAUAAAGAUUUUCAAUGAA